AUUGUAAUCUAAGCGAUUGUUGAUUGCUUAACGAGCAAUUGUCUCAAUUUUGGUUGAUGUGAUUACCCGGCGUGUGGGUUUGAGUGUGUGUAAUCAAACAUGUUAACUGUUUAUGUUUAAAUUUAUGAUAAAUACUACGCGGCGGUUCGCUAGCGCUACCUAUGCGCGACUAGUGUUAACGUCGGGAAAUUUUUCGCUGCGUCGGGAAAUGCGCGUUUUCCACGACGAGAGGUUUAUUGAUCAUCCCGCCAGGCCGCCUGCAGCAAUCGAGCGCGUUGCGUGUACGCUGAUCAAUUUUCCGCUGUGUUUCCUGCGCCUCGCAUGCAUGCAGGGAGACGUUUCGUCGGCGAUGGUUGAUGCGGGCACGAAUACCUCGCCAUGAAAGCGUCGGUGGCGGCGGCGAGUGCGGCGGGCACGGCGCUGCAUCACCAUGCGGCCGCCAACGUGCACCAUGCACCAGCACAUCAUCCAUGGCUCAUCACGUUGUGCGUGCUGUUCGGACUCGGCGUCGUGGCGCUCGCCGUGUUCUGGAUCCGGCGAUGCAAGUCCAAUGUGCCAAGGCAUGAAUACACGGCGGUGAGUCUCGAUAACACGGCGGGCCUUCACUGCCUGCAGGCGCCGUCGAUCGAGGACCGUCCUCGCCAGCAGGUCGAUGAGGAACUCGCCAAAUAUCAGCGUCACCUUGGCCUGGAAAGUCGGUACUUCUUCACUGGGAGCCUGGGCAAAAUCGGCGCCCGACUCAACAAGCAAUGGUUUAUAGUGAAGGAUAAGCAUGUGGACGCAGAGCGCCUGUUGUCCUUAGUGGAUUUACCCAGCGCGGCGCCCAUCAAGCCCAACGCUGCCACCAAACAGAUUCUGAUGGAUCUCUUCCGGUCUUUGCAUCAUCCCUACGUCCUACCUAUCCUGGAUGUUGAAUUCUGGGACUUGACGCAUGGGGCAGGCGCGGCGGUGGUAUCACCUCUAAGUGCUGAUGGCAGUUUGAAGGACUUGAUCUAUCGAGGGGAGCAUUACGAACGGAGGCAUGCGGGCAGAGGCCGUGGAUUGCCCUAUAGGCAGAUACAGUACUUGGCUCGACAAAUCUUGGAAGCUCUCUCGUUCCUGCGCGCCCGCAGCUUUCCAAAGUUCUACCACCUGCAUGCGGGUAACGUGAUUAUCCAAAACGGAGUCGCCCGAUUGGCGGGGCUGGAAAACACGUUGUUCUGCCUGUCACUAGCGCGGAAACCGGCGAUGGACGAGGUCCUCGCGUUCGGUCACCUCCUCUUUGAAAUGACCACUGGCUGUGAACCGACCGACGCGCUGCUCGCGUCCCCAACCGCUUUGCGACGCGAACUGGACAGAUCCUCAGCCCCUGAACAGAUCGCCGACGUGCUCACGUUGAUCUUUGACGCGCAUGCGUCUGCCGCCACCAACCCAGGAGAUGGACCAUCUCUGGACGACAUCGUGCGCCAGGAGAUGUUCAGGGGCGAGCUGCGUGAGCUGUGCCGGCGUACGGCCACUGCGCUGCAGCCGGAAAUGCUGAAGGGGGUGGCCGACCUGCUGCACCUCAUCGGCGAUCUGCAAGCGGGUGCCGGUACUGCAACGGCAACCGCCACCACCGCCGCCGCAGCGCCGCGUGCGCCUACGCCGGCGGCGGCCGGGGGCGCAAGUGACUAUUUAGGCAGUUGCACGCCCGUGGCCGAUACCCACGCCGACAGUGAUUGCAGCGAUGAUGAUGAUGAUGAUGACGAUGACGUGCCAAGACGCUUUUCGUCUUUCCCACCACGGAUCUCAAAGAUUGCGCCUUCCUGGCGUCGCAAUCGAGGCACGAUGAUGUGCCAUUUUGCCGCGUAGAUUACGACGGUGAUAAGUGCCGGACGUACCUCGCGUCGAAUUCCAUGAUAGAGAUUUGACGCAAUGCAACAUUCCGACGCGCCGCCGCCAUUGAGAGCCUCCGUUAUACACGAUGGACGCUUAUUUUUCUAAUGAUGUACAUAUCUAGAACUGCUAGCAAUUCUACGUUCUUUGCAUGUGCUAUUUGUAUGCAGUUUAGACUCCUCAAAUUCGUCCUUGUAUUGCAAUUUUUCGAGAUUGUGAAAGCUGUAACUGAAUUCUAAAUAUUUAUAAGUGUAACACAAUCAUCACAACGAAAUGAGAUAUUAAAUCACGUAAGAAAACAAA